AUCAACAAGCUCUCGAUUCUCAGCAUCGUCUCCAUCUGUGCCGUCUGGCUUCGUGAGAGAAUCUGCCGCAACUCCUCUUCGGGCGCUUCGCUGCCCGACGUCAAAGAGCUCUGUGUCUUCCUCCAACGCCGAGGCUGCUCCCGAGACAUGUGCUGCCAGAUAUUCUUCGCAGCGUUUCACAGAUUGCACCCUCGCCUUGCCAAUGAGAUUUCGCUGCGAGUUUCUGGAGAAACACUCACAGGCUCCCGCUCCAUUGUGGACUACGUCCAUGACCACUGGAAACAAUGGGUAGAAGAGGCUCAGGCUGCUGCUGAUCAUGCUGCGCUCCUCGCUGCUGCCAACGAUCCGCUCCCACCGACCUAUCCUGCCUAUAAUCACAAUCUCCACACAAUGCCAAAGGAAAGGUAUCAGAGGCAUGUGCAAGAAAGCUUCAGCAAGCUUCACGUACACCAGAAUCAUCACUACUACCAUGACAGUAUCAAAGUCACAGAAGGACCUACUCCGGUGCAUGAGGAGCAUCAGCCCGGAGACUGUGCCCCCUAUGACCUCGGACAAGCCAGCACCUGGGGCUCUGCGACUGGCCAGACUGAACGAUGCAAGACUCGGAGUGACGACUGUGUGUGUAAGCAGUGCAGUAUCACAGUUCCUCAACAGAAACAGAAUACAGUCGCUUCCAAUCGACUUAUUCCUGGGCCUGAAUACAUUUGCCCAAGCUGUGGCCAGCAAGGGGAUCAUUACAAUUACUUCUGCACUGUCAAUCGCAAGGCAGCACAAGUCAUUGAUAACAUGCUCGUGGAUCCCCAGCGCGCGGCCUUGAUGGCGACUGGCAGCAAUCUUGCCGAUGAGCCACUACCCAAGCAAGUGCCAUCUACUCAAUUGGAAGCAGCUGAUACAUCGUCUUCGGAUCUAAUCAUGUUUAGUAGCGGCUCUGAGGCUGAAGAAGCCCAACCCACGUGUUUCGAGGACGAUGGUGACAAAGCAUUUGGCAAU